CAAACUUAACUACUGACGGGUUUGUUUUUAUUAUUGUUUCUUUAUAACGGUGAAAGAAGUUCACGGUUGGGGCUGCCUUGGAUUUAAUGAUGUCGUGUUGUCUUAGAUUUGGCAGAAUAACAUUGCUGUUAGCAGUGUUAGUCACUGAAGUUUGGACGCAGAACCCCCCUCUAGGCUCGGUGAGGACAGAAUGUCAAGGGAGUGUUAUGAUGAUGAUGUUGGAUAAGUCUUUUGUUGGAAAGUAUUUUCGUAUCAAUGUGAUUGACAAUAAGGGGGCGCUUGUGUCCCUCUCUCCAAGACUGGCUGCACAGUGUGGAUAUAGCUUAACUGUUGACUUCUUUGGAAAUGCCAAGUUCCUUGCUUCUGUGCUGAGCUGCUUUGCUCAGAACACAAAUGAUGAGACCUACAAGCUGACAGUACAAAUCAGUGUCUUCUCAAAUAGUGCUAUGACUUCAGCUUCCUCCUAUGUUCAGAGCAUGACAUGCCGAUAUUCUCCAUGGGCAGAGAGGGAGAUUCUGUGUGAAAGAAACUACAUGGAGGUUUCUGUGAGAAGAGGUGUGCCACUUAUUGAGCCAAACUUUGUUCAAGAUGAUCCUGAUUGGUCCCUUGCAUACCCUGAGGCAACUGCUGCUGACAACAGCAUCUGGAAAAUUGUGUUCCAUCUCCCAGCAAAUAGAAAGACAACUAUGACUGUUGCUCAGGCCAUGACAAAUGGCUAUGGCAUAAACACUACACCAACUCGAAUUCUGGUUAGAGCUGCAUACAACUCCACAGAAAGCCAGCCUCAGGUGAUCCAAACUGUACCAAUGGCUGUGCUAAGGUCAACCACCUUUUAUAAGCAAAGAUGGAUGGUCAUGAUGGUGGACACUGCAGUUGCAUGUCCUACUGAUGGAACAGCCUUCACAGAACAGAUGAUUACAUGGAAUGUUCCCCGUGUUCUACCUUCUCUUGUUCCAACACCACAAAUUACUACCCUUGAUGUUCAAAUGGGAGUUGAUGGUCGCAAGCUUGACCCUGCAAUGAUUCAUAAUAGAGAUUAUAAACUGGAUGUCGGUCCCCAGCUAAUCACUGUAAAAAUUCCUGUGGGAGCUGAUGGUGGAUAUUACAAGAGCCAUGUAUUGGACAACACCUAUGUGAUCUCUUACUCUAUUGAACCAAUGCUGGAGCAUACCUGGCAAGAUGGGCCUGAGAAGACCAAGUACACAGUACUUCAUCCAAUAACCACUCCUUUCAUGCCUCGGCCACCAGUUGUCACAAACAACACUGUUCCUAAAGCCAGAGUGUUCAAUGUGACCCUGGGGACAUUCCUGCCUGAUGUGGAGCUGGUCAAAAUUAUAGUUGGACCAGAGACAUUAACUGUGCCAGAAGCCAACCUAAAAGGUUAUAAUGUCCAGGAGCAUGUCUUUCCCAAUGGAUCCAAGACCUACACUCUCCAGGUGCCAUUUGAGGACCCCAAUGUGAAGCAAAAGGUAACUCCUCCAGACACCAGAACCUACAUUCUGCCCCUGACCUACUUGCUGAAUAUAGUGCCAGAGAAUACACCCUUUACUCAUCCUGCUGUAGUCGAAGCCAUUCUCAAAGACAUCAUUCUACCUACAGUAACUGGCUACUGUGAUGGUGCUGCAUUCUAUACCAUGGUAACAUAUGGCAACAUGGGUCGCAACUGGGUUCCUUUUGUGGGCUCAAGAGAACUUGGUGGAAGUCUGCUUGCCCUGUACAAGUAUAAUGCCAACGCUACCAAUUUCUGGAUGACUGUGCCAUACAAUUCAGUUGAUGCCACAUAUGAAGUGAUCAGUUCUUCAGGCAUCAGAAGCAGGCUUGACUUGACCUUGAAGGAUGUUGGCACCAUGGUUGUGGUGGCUGACUUUUCUCUGUCCUGCAGUUUCCCUACAAAGAUGAUUGAUUGCUUCACCAAUGGAACUAUGGCAGCUCUCGCUGUGAAAGUGGAAUCUGUCCCCAGCUUGUCUCCAAGUCAACUAACACUAAGGGAUCCAAGUUGCCGGCCUCUUCAGUCUGAUGCUAUCAAUGCAGUUUUCUACUUCAAUGUCAACUCCUGUGGAACAACUAGAAGGUUUGACAACAACCUCCUGACUUAUGAGAAUGAAGUGCUGUUCACAUCUUACCGGCUUAGAGUUGCCUGUCACUAUCUGGUCAAUGACACCAAGGUAGUACAGUUCUUGUACCAGAAUAAUCAUGCACCUGUAGUCCAGCCUGGCGUGGGGGACCUUGCAGUCAUCAUGCGGCUUGCAUUGGAUUCAACCUACAAUGACUUCUAUGGAGCUCGGGAUUACCCUGUUGUGAAGUACUUGCGAAGACCCUUGUAUUUUGAGGUAGAACUCCUGUACAGCAGGGAUCCACAGGCUGAAUUGUUUUUGGAGAACUGCUGGGCAACCUAUUCUGCUGACAGGAAUAGCUCUCCAAAGUGGGAUGUUGUUGUGGACAGUUGUGAGAACUCUGCAGAUGAGUACUUGACCAUCUUUCACCCAGUCUCCAGCAAUGCAAGAGUGCUGUUCCCUUCCCAUCUGAAGAGGUUUGAAGUGAAAAUGUUUUCCUUCACAAGCGGCCGGGAUGCACUGAAAGGACAGAUUUACUUCCACUGCGGUGUUGUGAUAUGUGAUUCAAACCGGCCAUCAGACAGCCUCUGUAGCAGACGGUGCAUUCCAGGGAAACAGAGGCUUGGUCGCAGUGCUGAAGGGAUGGAUGGUGGUGCAGUAAAGGUGUUUGUGUCUUCUGGCCCAAUUGAGCUGAAGAGAGAUGGAUCCCUUCCCUUUAUGCCUAGAAGUGGCCAAUUCAAUGUGUGGUCCCUUCUGGGAGCUGCAAUGGGUGUGUGUUCAGUGGUUAUCUUCGUAGCUGGAGUUGUAUCUUUCUGGAAACUGCCAAAAAGUGUGUAUUGAUAAAUGAAAAUCUUACUUGUAAAAGCUUAUUUUUUGUGCUUGACUAAUUCUACACUUGAUAUGUCAGAAUGGCCAUGUCAAUGGGAUUUCCUCCUCUUUGCUGUAGCAAAUGCUUUGAUUUUCCCUGAUCAGGCCAUUCUCAAUAUGGUAUGUUACUCAAGGGCCCUUCACUAAUUCACUGUGUGAACCUGGGGGCAAAGACUUUCCUCCUCCCAUUGAGCUGUAACUUUAUUUUUAUAUUGAACAGUAACAGGGCAAUUACUAUACCUUCAGUUAUUUAGUAUGAUCAAAUUUAAGGAAGAACCCCCCCCCUCAUUUGUCCCUUUUAUUAAAUAUGUAUUAGGUAACAAUUUUCAUAUAGAAAUUCUAUUUCAGUAUACAACUUAUAUAUUGUCAUGAACCAGGCUUCAACAAGAAACAAACUAGAGCCCUGCAUCACUGAUUUAAGAAUAUAUUUAACUGUUAAUUUAUUUUGAAGCCUCGUGUGUAGAAAUAGUAAUGGAGGAGGGGGGGGGUUCAUUUGAAAACAAAAGCUG